AUGUCUCGUGCUGAGAAGAGGGCCAAUCUACGGCUAGACUUUGGUACCAGUGGUGGAAGAUCCCGUAAGCCUGGUCAGCGAGAUGACAACUCGAACCCUGAAACCACUGAAAACUACAAGGUUAAAUUCUGCAAGGCUCCAAGAGAAUUCUAUAAUGGUCCUGACGAGAGCACUGCCUUGGGCCAGGAGUAUGCUGCUCUUAAUGCUGUUACUUCUGAUGAAGAAGACGAUCAGAAUGAGGCAUCUGACCCUAAUAGGAUCAAGACCCGGUAUCCCCCUAGGAGGGAUGGCCAUAGGUAUGAUCCUAAGUGGCAUGGGGAUAUCCCUGAGCCCUACUCACCCAAGCCUCGGACUGCCUCUAUUAUCGAGGCUGAUACAUCCUCUCCUCAUGCCAUUACCUCUGAUAGGGAGGAAGAGGUAGCAGUAGCACCUCUGAGAGCUGAUGAGGAGGAGGAUGACCUCAUGGAACGAGGGAGAAGGGUUCUGACUCUUGAGGCGGCACGGAUAGUGGAUACAGACCCAGAGGGGUUGGGACGUGUUGGUGGUGUUCUCUUCAAGAAUAAGAAUACAGAGUUGAUGAAGGUAUGCAGGGAAGCUCUUG